AUGAGGGAUAUACAAAGUAGGCCGGUACUUCUUAGGUUUCAAAAGGAAAAGAACUGUUUGCAAGGUGUGGAAUCUGCAUUUAUUUUUUACAAAGGUCUUUAUUUUCUGAAUAGUAGCGAGUAUCACCCAUCACUAGGAUGUCAUAAAAGUUUUUUAAAUUUUGCACAUUUUAUGAACACAAAACUAAUCUUUCAUACAUUCAUAAAAUUAAAGGAACAUUUUUUCCAUGGUACAAAAUCAUUUGAAUCAAAAGCUUUACUAACAUCAACAAAUCAGUUCGUGGCUAAAAUGAGCACUUCAAAUGAUCGGAUCGACUCAAGCGAAGAGGUGGACACCCAUGAAGUUUUCUUAGUCUAUAUUCAUGAAAAAAGAGAAAAUAAUGAUCCGCCUAAAUUUAAACAAAAACAAAUGGUGACUAAUAAGAGUGGAUGGGCAACUAAUUUUCUUCUUUCAGCGCCUGCCAGUUUAAAGAAGUUUUGUUUCUUAAAAUUUGAUCUACAACAAUUAUUCAAGUUUUAG